AUUGUAAACAAUUGACAAACAGGUCAAAAUCAUUCUCGAAAAAUCCAAAAAAUCCAAACAAAAUCAUUCAAGUUCGACGAUUUUCGUGAGUUAAUUGCCUGUCAAUUGCCGAUUGGUUUGGACCAUUGUUCAUCGAAGAUCGAAUAACCAAUCCUCUGGUUAUUUGAUCGCAGCCAUCUACGGCGGCCGUGUACCGACUCGCCGGCGAUUAUCCGUCACCGCCACGCUUUAUCUCGGCAAAGAAUGGCCAAUCUCAGUUUCCAUUUUGUGAUUACCUUUCUCUUUCUUCUUCGCCAUUUUUCUGCUACUUCGGAUAUUUCGGAGCUCUUCGAAAUCUGGUGCACAGAACAUGGAAAAUCGUAUUCCUCCGCGGAAGAAAAGCUAUACAGACUCGGUGUUUUUGCCGAUAACUAUGAAUUUGUUACUCAUCACAAUAAUCAGGAAAAUUCUUCUUAUACUCUUUCUCUCAAUGCUUAUGCCGAUAUUACUCACCAUGAGUUCAAGGCCGCUCGCUUGGGUCUUUCCUCUGCUUUGCGGAGCUCGCGGCCGGUUUCGCCGCAAGAACCCUAUCUUCAUCGGGAUGUUCCUGAAUCGUUAGAUUGGAGGAAGAAAGGGGCGGUGACUGCUGUUAAGGAUCAAGGAAGUUGUGGUGCUUGUUGGUCUUUCUCAGCAACAGGAGCUAUUGAAGGGAUUAACCAGAUUAGAACAGGGUCUCUUAUCAGUGUUUCUGAACAGGAAUUAAUUGAUUGUGACAGAUCGUAUAAUUCUGGCUGUGGAGGAGGACUGAUGGAUUAUGCAUACCAAUUUGUGAUAAAAAACCAUGGGAUCGACACCGAAGAUGAUUAUCCUUUUCAGGGUCGUGAUGGAUCGUGUCGUAAGGACAAGCUAAAUAGGAAGGUCGUUACCAUUGAUGGCUAUUCUGACGUUCCUCCAAACAAUGAGGAAAAAUUACUGCAAGCAGUAGCAAUUCAACCUGUGAGUGUUGGUAUCUGUGGCAGUGAGAGAGCUUUUCAAUUAUAUUCAAAGGGAAUUUUCUCUGGUCCAUGUUCAACUUCCUUGGAUCAUGCUGUGUUGAUUGUAGGAUAUGGAUCAGAAAAUGGUGUUGAUUAUUGGAUCGUGAAGAACUCGUGGGGUAAACGUUGGGGAAUGGAUGGUUAUAUUCAUAUGCAGCGCAACAGCGGAAAUUCUGAAGGCGUUUGCGGAAUCAACAUGCUUGCUUCAUAUCCAACUAAAACGAGUCCCAACCCACCUCCCUCCCCUCCUCCAGGUCCAACAAAAUGCAGUUUUCUUACUAGCUGCGCUGCUGGGGAGACCUGUUGUUGUGCGAAGGAAUUUUUUGGCCUUUGCUUGUCUUGGAAAUGCUGUGGACUGAGCUCUGCUGUCUGUUGCAAGGACGGUCGUCAUUGUUGCCCCUUUGAUUAUCCCAUUUGUGAUACUCAGAGGAACCUAUGCCUCAAGAGAACGAUGAACGGUACAAGAACAGAAGCACUCGAGAAUCGGAGUCCUUCGGGGACAUCCGGUUCUUGGAGCUCGUCCUAAGGUUUGAAUUCUAUGAAAUGGCUCCAUUUGUAGAAUGAAUAAACGCUGCCAUUCUAGUUACCACUGUAUUCUACUAGCUUUUAGCUAUAUUUGAAGUCCUUCAGUCAUUAGCUUUCUGCUAUGGUUCUAGAGCUUCCAUGGAUUAGGUUUGGAGAGUUCUUACCUCGGCCGAGCUCGGAGUUUUAUCGGGUUCUGGCUCGUCACUGUUCUUAGGUUUCUGAUCAGACUGCUGCAUUUCAAGUUCUUAAAGUUGCAUCUUACUCGAUGCAUAGAUUUGUUCUUGAAUAUUAUGGAUUGGUUUGGAUUUGAAUGUUUGGGAUUAGUUGUAAGAGAAAUUUGGUUCAUACAUUGCUGCCU